CACACACACACUCGGAUUUUCCCAGAAACUGAGCCGCAACCCCCACGAAACGGAAAGUUGUGCAGCGGCAGAACGAACUGUGUUUGUGGCACUCGAAUUUGGGACACAUUCCUGUAAAGGACGCAGCUCCGGUCAGCUGCUUCUCCGAAUCGCAAAAAGGAGCCACAAAAAACGCGCGCGGUGCAUUUUAGGGCUAAAAUUCUAAAAGUGAAAAUAGCAAAUGGAAACAGUGAGAAAAGCAAUGAAAUACAAUACACCCCCAUCACCCACACGCGCUCAAGUUAAGCGAAUUAAAUAGUGUAUCCGGUAAAUAAUCAACUCAAAGGAUAAAUUUCCCCUGUGGAAAAGCGAAAGCUACCAGCAUUGCUCCUGUUUGCCAAAUAUUGAUUUGCAAGUGUGCCGCUGAAAAAUCGAUUAUUAAAGCCACUUUCCACACACAGCUGGUGGUUGUUGUUGUUGCAAGGAUGGAGGUGGCUUCCGAGGUGGUGGUUGCAUAGGGUUGCGUGCCGCAAUGUGGGAAAUCAACAGCAACAUUGCCACAUCCACACCCACACAUAUAUCCACAUCCACAUCCAGAUCCAGAGGCACACUUCCAACUGUUUUGACGUGGUCGAGUUCCAAUGGCGCUGGCACCACCGAAUGCUGCAGCGCAGCCUUGCAGCCAUCCAGCGGCGACGCGUUGCAUGUGCAGCAGCAGCAGCAGGAGCAGCAACAUCAACAGCAACAGCAGCAGCAGCAGCAACAGCAGCAACAACAGCAGCAGCAGGAUACGAAAGCGAGGAUGACAACGACCACACGCAAAAGCAGAGGACACAGAUACAGAAACAGGCACAGUCACCGCUACACAGCAACAAUUGCUGCAUAAUAUAUAAUUAUAAUAACACAAAAGUUAAACAAAAGACUAACCAAAAUGUACUCAGAAACCAAAACAAGCAAGAAAAAGCAUUAAACUCAAACUCUGGGCAUCGCACAAAGUUACGUUAAGUAUACGAAGCGUAUUUCCAGCUGCAAAGCGAACCAAAAACGAACCGAACGAAACGAAACGCACAGGUGCAUCUGUGGACCCCCUAUUACGCCCCUGAAAGCCCCUCCCCCCAUCAAACCACCACCCCCUGGGGUAUCUACACCAAUUGACAAGCAAUCGAGGCAAUGCAGAAAGAAUGAACUUGUUUAGUCGACAAUUUUUUAAGUGCACUUUCGUAAGGCUGAUUUUGAAUUUAUUUCGAUGUUGUGCUUCUAUACACCCCGGAAAAGGGAAAAAUAAAUAGAGGAGGAGGAGAGAACCAAGCAAUCAACCAAGUGAAAGUGUGAGUGUUUCGUGCUUAGUGUUCCAAGGAAACCAGGGAAACUUGGAUAUUUGAGAUCCUUCGUGAAGAAACGGCCGC